ACAAUGCCCCAUUGCUGGGAGACCUCUGGAGCACGAGGAGUCAGCGUGGGAUUGCAGCACCGCAAGAGCCUUGGAAGGAGCUGUGGAACAAUGCUCAGCAUCACAACAUCAUGAGAGCUCUUGGAAGGAGCUGUGGAGCUCCAUCUCACUGCUGGUGUCCUGCCAAAAGACAGAGGCACUGCUGAGUGCGCUGGGAAUUAGGGGAAGGAGUGCAGUGGGCUGAUAGAGCUUAGCUGAGGCUUGGAAGACUGCUCUAGGGCCUAAGGACCUGUGAUCUCUUGCAUGUGCCAUGGCAGAAGUUUAUUGAGCUAUUGCCUGAGUGUCUCUGUCUUCCCAGAUUGGCCUCCGAAAAGCACACCUGGGAGAAACAAGAUAUAGAUGAAAUGAAUUCUUACCUGCUGAACCUCCCACUUGGAGUCAAGAUCCCCGUGAAAACCAAAUCCCACCCUGUCUUCUGCAGGGGAAAGGUGGGGGAAAAGCUUAAUGGGCCAUGUCCUUCUUUCAAUCUGGAUGAUCCCUACAUGUACCAGCCAAGCCUGAAAUACAACUGCCUGCAUGACCCCCACCUUCGGGACUACCACAAGCGCAAGGACAUCCUGCGGCUGCUGAAGAGACAAGGCUCUGUCACCAGAGACAACAAGGUGGUUUGCACUCUGAAGGAGUUCAAUGAGUACAGGGAGUACCUGACCAGGAUCAAGUUGCAAUCAGAUAAGAUCUCGGGGCAGAAAAAGGCCAAAUUAAAGGAUGGUCCCAAACUGCCAGGAACCACUGACACUUUCUGCUGGGCACAGCGGUGGACACAGCCUCAGAAACCUUCUUGCUCACAUCCACAGAAGAGCAAAGAGACCCCCCUGAAAUCACAGAGAUUCAGAAGAGAGGAAACAGCUUUGGACGAGGGCCAAACUUAUUCCAGAGCUCAGCUGGGUCAGGAAGAUGCCAGCACUGCUGCUGACUCCCAGAGGAAGCCAGACAGUGCUGCUGACAGCCAUGUUAAAGCUGUCUUGGAGCAGCUGACCACAGCAGAAGCCCAGAAGCUCCAAGAACUGAUUGAGACUGUCGUGCAAGAAGUCUUUGGGAGACUCAGGGUCCCUCAGGAUUACUAUGUCAGCUUUUUAAGGAGGGCUGCCCGGAAGAUCAGAGGAAUAGUUUUUGGUGGUUGUGUGAGAACAGAGACACCUCUAGACCACCAUCAAGAAAUGGAAAUGGUGGCCAAAGAGCUUGUAGCGACAGUGUUGGAGAUCUUAGGGAAUCGUCUGGAGUCCAAAGCUUCUGAGUCAGGGAGGGCAGCCAGGUGGAAGGAGCAGCCUGUUGAUGGAGGAGCCACUCAAGCAGACACAUUCAAGGAAGCUCAGAGAGCACAUUUACAUGCUUGCCUUGACAAACUCAUCAGACAAGUAGUAAAGAAUGUUCGCUGCCUCCUGAAAUCCAUGGUAGCUUUUCAGUUUGAAGGAGACUCCAGCUGUGAGUACACCAAAAUCCUGAAGCUUCCCAAGGGUAAGGUCUCCAACAGACAAAUGCAGCCAGGAAUCUCUGGAGCAUCUGAAGAACAGGGCCAGGAAGAAAGCACAGGAGUAAAACUGCCUCCCUUAGGACCACAGGUCCAAGCAGAAGGGACUGGAAAUGCCAAACCCAUGGAGCCUGAGGACCCUGCAACGGUGAAGGAGAGCUUGGUGAGAGAAAAGAAUCCAGCAACCUUAGGCAAUACUUUGGACAUAAUGACCAUGGCAAAUCAGAUCGUUCAGUCUCUACUGGACCAGACUGGUCAACAUGGGCAUGCGCCAGCCCCCAGACAAAAUUUUCAAGGAUCUGUCCCAAACCCAGCCACAUCCCAAGGCAGAGAAGAGAGCUGUGCUGCUGAGAACACUCUCCCCUCUGUGGACCCAUCAUUUUCCCAACAGCCUGUCCCUCCAGAAGGUCCAAAGCCCUCUGCCCAGUCUGAAGCACGGCGCAGAUCAGUGCACUCACAGCUGGUCUGAGGUGAGUGAGGUGUGUGGCAGGAGAGCUUUAGGGCCUCCAGACAGCAAAUCUCACGUCCUUGCUCAGUCAAUAAAGAGUUUACUCCUAA